AGGCGGGGCUAGCAUCUACGGGUUCAAUGACCCGGGGUGGCGAAACCGAGGCUACACGUUACAUAUCGUCCAACAUGGCGGCCCUGUAUGUGUCAGCUGUGCGAACUCUCCGGACUCGGAGCCCGAUUUUCGUCGCUCCUCGUCGAUUCCAGUCAGCCAUCGCAUCCAUGAAGGAGAUCCUGGAGGGCGAGUUGGAGGGGAUCCGGCAGGCGGGCACGUGGAAGACGGAGCGCGUGAUCACGUCACCGCAGGCCGCCAGCAUCACGGUAGAGGGCACCGAGGGAAACAUCCUCAACUUCUGCGCUAACAACUACCUGGGACUCUCCUCCAAUCCUGAGGUUAUAGCGGCUGGUAAGAAGGCGUUAGACACCCACGGGGCCGGUCUGAGUUCUGUUCGGUUCAUCUGCGGUACUCAGGACAUCCACAGGGAACUGGAACAGAAGAUAGCAAAAUUCCACGGAAGAGAAGACGCCAUCUUGUAUAUCAGCUGUUUUGACGCCAACGCGGGAAUGUUCGAGGUGCUGCUGGGAAAGGACGAUGCCGUCAUCUCAGACGAGCUCAACCACGCGUCGAUCAUCGACGGCAUCAGACUGUGCAAGGCCCAGAGGUUCAGGUACAAACAUAAGGACAUGCGAGACCUGGAGUCCAUCUUGCAGCAGACGCAGGGCUGCCGGAUGCGGCUCAUCGUGACGGACGGAGUCUUCAGCAUGGACGGGAACGUCACGCCGCUACGGGAGAUCUGCGACCUUGCCGACAAGUACAACUCCAUGACCUUCAUCGACGAGUGCCACGCCACCGGCUUCUUAGGGGCGACUGGAAGGGGUACAGAAGAGUUCCUUGGUGUGGAUGGGAGAUGUACCAUCAUCAACUCUACACUGGGCAAGGCACUGGGGGGAGCAGCAGGUGGCUACACCACAGGUCCCAAGGAGCUGGUGACCUUGCUGAGACAGAGGUCGCGCCCUUACCUGUUCUCCAACACCCUCCCGCCCCCCGUGGUGGCGUGCGCCAGUAAGGUGUUCGACCUUCUGAUGGAGGGAGAGGCCAACCUGCCCAGGAAGGUGGCUGAGAACACAGCGAGAUUCCGUGAGAAGAUGGUGGCCGCCGGGUUCACCAUCGCCGGGGACAACCAUCCCAUCAGCCCUGUGAUGCUGGGUGACGCCCGCCUCGCUUCGGAGAUGUCCGACGCCUUGCUGCAGCGAGGUAUCUAUGUCAUCGGGUUCAGCUAUCCCGUCGUGCCGAAGGGAAAGGCGCGCAUCCGUGUGCAGAUCUCCGCCGUGCACAGCUUUGAGGAAAUCGAUCGCACGGUGGAUGCGUUUGUCGAUGUCGGGAAACAGUUUGGUGUGAUUUCGUAAGCCACACCUUGUCAGAUUACAAAGAAACAAACCCAAUUUGUCAUGUGAAUGUGCAAAAAAAUGAAAAAUGUAGUUUUAAAAAUUGAAAAAUGUAGUUUAAAAAUCAGUGACUCAUUUCAAUCUUGUAUACGGCGGCCUUUUUGGAGUCUAACAGACAACAGUUAUUCUGUAAAAUGUAGAUUGAAUGAGAAUGUACAAUGUAUGCACAGUGAUGAUCUGGAUUGACUAUUACAUGACAAUUGUACACCCUGUGUUGUACCUACAUGUAUAAAUCAAACCUAUCCCUGCCGUGCACAGUUUCGAGGAAAUUGAUCGCACUGUAGAUGCGUUCGUCGAUGUCGGGAAACAGUUUGGUGUGAUUUCGUAAGCCACAGCUUUUCAGAUGGCCAAGACACAUACCCAACUUAGGCCACAGCAAUUUUAUUUGUUGCUUCUUUAAUUUUUUAGAAAUACAAAAUGUAUGCCUGACUGGCAAAGCAUAAUGAAAACAAAGCCAGAGAAACAGGUUUAUUCCUUAGUGUAUUCAGUUUUAUGGAGUGAAUAUGAUCAUACCCCUGGUACUCAAAUUUUCCUCCCUACUCUCUGCUUUUAUGAUUCCAUGUUAUAUUUUCACUUAAAAAAUCCAAAAACCAACAAAUUGAAUUGGUGUGUCUCUAUCAUGUGAAAGUGCAAAAAAUCGAUUGGUUUUAGAAAUCAGUGGCUUAUGUGCUGAUGCCUUUUUGGAGAAUAAUAACUAUACAGAAUUGGUCUGUACUUAACAUUGUAACAAAUGACAACAUAGUGUACUGUUUACAUCUAAUCCAAUGCCCAGUGAUCUGCAAUGGCAAUCAAACCUGUACGAGAGACCACAUCUGCCUAAAGACCAGUUGGCCAUUGUGACCACUUGUAUCUUGGUCUAUUACAGUAGUUAAUUGCACAACGGAUUAACGCACACUUCUGUUAACUGCACGGAAUCCCCAUAUCCCAAACCGGUUUGGUCCUGCAAGAUAACUUUGCAUUAUUGCACCAGCCUGAUAAUUGCACAAAAUUCACUGGCAAACAGGCCGUGCAAUUAAGCGGCUUCUACUGUAUUAGCUUGAAUGAACCAAGAGCUACCUCUCUAUAAUGACCACUUAUCUGUAGUGACCACUUUUCCUUUUAAGUCCUUUGACAAGUUGUAAUGCAGAUUGUGUACUGAAGAUUGAUUGUACACAACAUUUGAAGAAAUACUGAACAACCUGCCAGAGAACUGCAAUCACAGUAAUGUACGAUGUUCUCUUGUGAUAAUAGCAUGUUUCCAUCAUUGGACUUCAAUUGCAACAGUUACUGAUAUGUGAAAUUAGUGUACAGUAAUUGGGUAAAUUAUGCUGUAUAAUGUAUAAACAACAGGUGUACAUUGUACUUAAAAAGGAAGAGUUCAGUCUUCCUACAAUUGUGAGAUUCCCAGUUUAGAUGACAAACUUAUCAAAUAAACUGGUAGAAAAUG